UCAGUCGUGGAUUACGUCUCAGUUCGAUAGGUUUUUCGCGUUCAGUGGAUUUCGAAAUGUUGGCUCUGCUGCUGUUGUGCCCGGUGCUGCUCGGGUUGUUCUGGUGGAAGAUCCACAUCCAGAGACGCCAAUUCCUGACCGCAUUCGCUCCAAUUCCUGGCCCUAGAGGGCUUCCGCUGCUGGGAAAUGCACCCGAAGUGGCCCGAUUGGACACCACCGAGUUGCUUGAAAAGAUGUUCAUAUGGACCUCAACCUACGGAGCCCGCACCAAAUUUGAUCUUUUCACUAAAUUUUGGAUUAUGCAUGCUUCGCCUGAAGAUAUUGAGAAAAUCGCCACCGAUGCCAACUUCAACCGAAAAUCGAACGACUACGACGUUCUGCAGGAAUGGCUCGGCAAUGGAAUCCUGCUAGACCACGGCCAGAGUUGGUUCGUCAACCGGAGGGCACUGACACCGGCGUUCCAUUUCAAAAUCUUGGAAACCUUCAUCCCCACGAUGCAGGACCAGGCCAUGGUACUGGUCCAGAAACUGUUGGCCAGCGGCGGCCGUCCGGUGGAUAUUUUCCCUGCGAUGAAACUUUAUGCGCUGGAUGUUCUGCUGGAAACGGCUAUGGGGGUUAGGAUCGGGGUUCAGCAGAAUGAUUCAGAGUAUGUGAGGGCAGUUGCUGGAUUGAGUCAUAUCACGUUUUGGAGGAUGACCAACUUUAUGGGGUAUGCCGAGUGGACCUUCCGGUGGACCAAGCACUACAAGCCAUACCAGGAGAUGUUGAAGGUUAGCGAUGACUUCACGAUGGGCAUUAUUCUGAAGCGUCGUGCUGAACUGGUGGAUGGAGUAAUUGAAGAAGUAGAUGAGAAUGAAAAUGAGAUGAAGAAGCGCAUCCCUCUGUUGGACAAAUUGCUGCAGCUGGAAGUUGAAGGACGAAGGUUGACGAACGAAGAAAUCCGGGCACAGGUCAACACUUUUAUGUUUGCUGGUCACGACACCACUUCCAGUGCCUUGACGUUCAUAGUAUUUUUACUGGCAAAACAUCCCGAGAUUCAGAAGAAAGUCUAUGACGAAAUUGUUUCAGUAAUUGGAAGCUCCAAAUCCAUUCCACCACUUACUACUGCAAUGCUCAACGAACUGAAGUACAUGGACCUGGCGAUCAAGGAAGCGCUCCGGAUCUAUCCCACCGUUCCGUUUAUGUCCCGAACGAUCGAUGCCGAUCAGGAAGUGGCCGGAGUAACCUAUCCCAAGGGAACGAUCAUAUCACUUGGAGUUAUCUUCAUGCAGCGAAACCCGAAAUACUUCCCACAACCGACGAGAUUCAUUCCGGAACGUUUCAGCAUGGAAACGGAUGCCGAGAAGAGGAAUCCUUAUACGUAUAUUCCAUUCAGCGCGGGAAGUCGGAAUUGUAUAGGUCAAAAGUUCGCCAUGAACAAAAUAAAGGUGCUGCUGAUUUAUGUGCUCACGUUUUGUCGCGCAGAGCUGGAAGAUCCCGAUUUUGAGCCACGGCUCAAAGCCGAACUUAUCCUGAAGCCAGUCGAUGGAAUGCCAGUUAGGUUUCUACCUCGAUAAUGUAGAAAUAUGUCCGUGAUUCUUUCACAAUAAUCUCUAAAAGUAAAUUUUA